AUGCAGAAGGCAUCAUCAACGUCCUCUUCCGAUAAUCAGUCGAGUUCUCGUCCAGAGCAGACCAGUUUCCACGUCCCCUCCUUCCCUCAACCACCUUCUCGAAGUGGUUCGCUUUUGAGAGCAGACGAUGGUUCGUCCCCAUCCAUUCAAGUUACCCCGAGCCCGACUUCUCCAGCAUCGAUCAUGUAUCCAGCGCCUUAUAGAAGUUCUUAUAUGGCGAACAAGAAGUCAGGUACCUACGGCGAGGGUUUAUCAGCGGGUGGGAGACGGAAACUGGGUAGUCAUCUCCCCCGUAUUGCCAGCGGCGAUGCAGACGAUAGCUGGGUCGCGGACCAGAUUGCACCAAAGACAACGUCGGAUCCUCCCGCUCGACGCACUGACAGGAGUACGCUACGUGCUCGCAGAACUGAAGCUCUCAUGCGAGAGCCCAGGUUGACACCAUCAGGGGUUCUUACCGGAGAUGGCGUGGCAGGCCUUCCGGGUCGUAUUCCACUGAAAGCUCCCAAUAUCCUUCCAAUUCCAACUCCGUCUUCGCGCCUUCUAGGGGGCUCGUGGGCCGAUAAACAACGGCAUCUUCUUCAAGCUUACGAAUACCUUUGUCACGUUGGCGAGGCUCAACAGUGGAUAGAAGGCUGUCUAGGGGAAGAAUUGGAAAUAGGUGUUAUAGAAUUGGAGGAUGGCCUUCAAAACGGGGUAGUCUUGGCGAAACUGGUUCGCGUUUUUCAGGGAGAGGCGGUUGUCAAGAAGAUAUAUGAAGGUGGCUCCAAACGCGAUUUCCGCCAUUCCGAGAACAUCAACCACUUCUUCAAGUUUGUACGAGAGGUCGGCCUCCCGGAGGGCUUCAUCUUCGAACUUACUGACCUGUACGAGAAGAAAAAUCUCCCGAAAGUGAUAUACUGCAUCCAUGCCCUUAGCCAUCUUCUUGCUCGUCGUGGUCUAGCCCAACGCAUCGGCAAUCUGCUAGGGCAGCUACAUUUCUCUGAUGAUCAGUUGCAACAGACUCAGAAGGGGCUGAAGGAGGCCGGUGUGACUAUGCCGAACUUUGGCAACGUGGGUCGAGAGCUGGCGAAAGAAAUCAACGAACCUGAGGCUGAAAUUGAAACUGAGGAUGAACGGCGCGAUCGCAUGCUGCUGGAGCGUGUCGACUCGAUCAUCGCGCUCCAAACAAGUCUUCGCGGAUUUCUAGCGCGAAGAGACUUGGCCGCACUGAAAGCGCGAAUGCACCUUGCCGAACGUCAAGUUGUCAAGCUACAGGCUCGUCUGAAAGGGGUCCUAGUUCGACGACGGCUGGCUACUCGGCGACGGCAGCAAGCAUCGAUGAUUCCUUGGGUAAUCGCCUUGCAAGCAAGAGCUCGAGGUGUCUUUCUCCGAAGGCAAUGGAGAGACCGUCUACGUGCGCUGAAAAUAGCCACAUCCUCUGUAAUCAAAGUCCAAGCACAAAUUCGCGGCGUACUACAACGACGUCGUUACAGUCGAUUGAAGGCAGCUCUCUGCAAGAUAAGUUUUCCCACAAAACGCCUUCAGGCAACUGCGCGGGGGCACAUCGUGCGCCGUGAUCAAAAGGAGCUCGUCAAAUCCUUCAUUAUUCCGAAAAUUGGCCUAUCUGUCGUCGCCUUACAAGCGCACGCUCGCGGAGUUCUUGCCCGACGGAGGAUGGCGAAACUUCUUCGCAUGUUGGGCCGUAUAGAACCAACUGUCAUUACUCUUCAAGCGCAUUGCAGGGGCUUAAUCAUGAGGAGAAGGCUCCGUUCGCAGUUAGCAAAACUCGAGAACGUGACGGACAUUGUUGUCGGCAUCCAGGCGGCCGUCCGCACGUAUUUGGCCCGGAAACGGCUGUUAGCGCUUAUUCGAGGCUUGCGAAAAGCGACGAGCGUCAUUGUUGGAUUCCAAGCACGUGCAAAGGCCAAUCUACUCCGUCAGAAGCACCAUGCCGUUAACAAAGCCUUACUGGAUGUGAAAACCAUCAAAGCUGUCGGGCGUCUCCAAGCCUUGGCAAGAGCAUCAAUCACCAGGAACCGACAUCGUGAACUGGACAAGAAGCUAGAGGUUGCCACUCCUGACGUCGUGGGGUUGCAGAGCACGGCCCGCGGUGCACUCGUGCGCAAUGAGUUCUUUGCUUGGAGAGAUCAUCUGCGCCGAAGCCAUCCAGUUGCAACAUUGUUGCAAGCUAUGCUGCGUGGUGCGACGCAACGUCGUGCUUUCCGCAAGAAGAUGGAAUACUUCCGCGCUAACCUAAGCAAAGUGGUGAAGAUCCAAUCCCUCUUCCGCGCCAAAGAGACGCGAGAGCAGUAUCGACAGCUUACCAUGGGCAAAAAUGUGACGGUUGGGACCAUCAAGAACUUCGUGCACCUGUUAGAUGACUCAGAAGCCGACUUCCAGGAAGAGAUAAAAGUGGAACGGCUGCGAAAACGGGUCGUCGAGCAAAUCCACGAUAAUCAGGCCCUCGAAAGCCAUAUCAACGACCUCGACAAGAGGAUUGGCCUUGUCGUUCACAACCUCAAGAGCUUUGAGGACAUUUUGAAGGCGAGUAAACGACGAGGAGACAGCGCUGCCUUGCGUGCUGCGCGAGUGUCAUUGCUCGCCGCCCAUGGCGACCCCUUCUCAGGACCUCACACACUUGAUCAAGACGGUCGCCGAAAGUUGGAAUUGUAUCAACAGCUAUUUUAUCUUCUCCAAACUCGUCCUGAAUAUUUAACCGGCCUCCUCUGCCACCUUUCCAAAGACGAUACAUCUGAAGCUAACCGUCGGUUUAUGGAGCGCGUUGUGUUGACGCUCUUUGGUUAUGGCCAGGACCGCAGAGAAGAUUUCUUGUUGCUCAAGCUAUUCCAGCUCGCUAUUCGGGACGAAGUCUUAACCGCUUCAUCAUUGAGUGCAAUCGCGUCUGGCCACCCUCUCUAUAUCAACAUCGCAGUGAACUACGUCCGAUCACGACAAGUCACCUACGUUCGGGAUGCUUUCCAGGCAAUUAUCCGCGAACUGAUAAACACAGACGAUCUCGAUCUUGAAGCCGAUCCGUCUGCGAUCCACCGCGCUCGCAUUGACAUCGAAGAGAUGAGAUCUGGAAAACCGCUUCCUACCCCGAAGGAUGUACCCUUCCGUGAAGCUGUCACAGACCCUGAUACGAGGGCGAUCUAUAUCCGACAUCUCCAAGUCAUCCAGUGGUGGACUGAAGCGUUCAUGAAUGCGAUCGAGCAGUCGACGAAGAAGAUGUCGUAUAGUAUGAGAUAUCUUGCAAGAGAGAUGCUAGUCAUCCUACGUGAAAAAUUUCCUGGAGUUUCAGAAGAGUUGUAUGGGACGUGCAUUGGACGGUUGGUAUUCCACCGUUACAUCAACCCAGUCCUUCUAGCCCCAGAAGCUUAUGACAUCGUGCCAAAAACUAUGAAUAUCGCAACGGCGAAGAAGAAUCUUGCUCAGAUUUCCCGAGUUCUUGCGCAAAUUGUCAGUGGCGUUGAAUUUGGUGAUAAUGACCCAAGUUAUGUCCCGAUCAACGACUUUGUCCACAAGGCGAUUCAGCAAAUGUCGCACUGGUACAAUCAAGUUGCAAGUGUUCCCGAUGCUGAGGUUCAUUUCCACGCCCAUGAAUUCAUGGAUGCCACUGUUCAACCAAAGCCGAUAUAUAUAUCGCCCAACGAAAUCUACAGCAUCCACUCCUUACUUCUCCAACACCAGACAUCUUUGGGUCCCGAACGUGACGAUACUCUCAAAGUUAUUUUACAUGAUCUGGAAGGCGUACCGCAUUUGGAUAAUGAAGAACUGAAGGAUGCCCGAGAUACGCCAAUCUUCUUGGAGCUGACUAACCGAUUUGCCUACGUGCAGGACCCUCACGCUGAGGAGAAGACCCUAUGGGUUCAAGCCAAACGUGGGGUUCUCGCGAUUUUGCGUGUGCAGCCAGCUCAAGAUCUGCUGGAGUCUCUUAUGCGACCAGUGACGGAAAAUGACGAAAUCCUUUGGGAGGAAAUCCUAGAUGCCGAGAUCGAAAAUGAGAUGCGCCAAAUCCCACGCCGACAACCAUCUACAUUUGCGAAUGAUUCGGCAUACCGUCUUGAGGACAUUCGAUCAUUGAAAUUUGCUGCCGUCAAAGCACUCGCAAUCUCUCAUCUUCUCGAACUAGAGAAACAAGGGAAGGUCACCCGUGAAGACGGCUUUCAGGGCAUUCUUAACGCAAUUGCUGGCGAUGUUCGGAGCAAACAUCGCAAACGGCUUCAACGGCAACAAGAGAUGACAAGUAUGAACGAAGCUUUACAAGAACUCGCUGAACGCAAGAAGUACUUCGAAGAACAACUAGAUAGCUAUCGGGUCGUUGUUGAGACUGCCAUGAACACAAUGCAAAGAGGCAAAGGCAAAAAACGCUUCGUUCUUCCUUUCACGAAGCAAUUUUUCCACCUUCGUGACCUCCAAAGAACGGGAGAAGCACCGAGAUUCGGCUCCUAUAUAUAUUCUGCCAAGGCUCUUUAUGACAGGGAGAUCCUUCUCUCUGUCGAUCAAUAUUCUCCUCGCCAGUUCGACAAGUUGCAAAUCACCAUGUCCUCGAAUCAGGCAGGCGUCUUCAAGCUGCUGUUGGAGUCGACCUUGUUGGGUGUCCCUGCCCGUAUAGCUUCACAAGAAGUUCGGAUGGAGGACCUUCUUCAAGCAAAGUAUGAGAAGCGCUCCUCUCUGUCCCUGUUAGAUGGGAAAGUUCAGGUCAAUUUUGACCUGUUCCUUUUCCAGAUCAACAAGAAGUACGUCUGUCCCGACUCCGACAAGGCUUCAGAAUGCAGCGUAUAA